AUGGCACACGGAAUUUCGGAUAGUGAUCCUACAAAAAAAGAACAUGUUGAUGCACCAGAAAUACUUGAUAAAAAACUUGAUCAAUUAGCUGAUUGGAUUCGAAAUGCUAAACAUUUUAUUGUAUUUACAGGUGCCGGUAUAUCGACAUCAACUGGUAUUCCUGAUUUUCGAUCGAGUAUGAAUACAAUAUUACCAACAGGACCUGGUGUAUGGGAACUUCGUGAUCAUCCCGGUAAAAAACGCUCACCAACGGCUCGUACAACAACAUCAACAAAAGCUAUUCCAUCAGUUACACAUAUGGCUCUUGUUGAAUUAGCUCGUCGUAAUCUUCUUCAUUUUGUUGUUUCACAAAAUACUGAUGGUCUUCAUUUACGUUCUGGUUUACCAUCAACAUUGUUAGCUGAAUUACAUGGAAAUUCAAAUUUAGAAACAUGUAAAAAAUGUCAUACAAAAUAUUUACGUGAUUAUCGUACACGUACUGCUAAAAAAGUUCAUGAUCAUGCAACAACUCGAAAAUGUACUAAAUGUGGUUCAAUCCUUCAUGAUUCAAUUAUUAAUUUUGGUGAAAAUUUACCUGAAUAUGAAUUAGAAACAAGUUUUGAUCAUGCAGAACGUGCAGAUGUUUGUCUUGUCUUAGGUUCAUCAUUACGUGUAACUCCAGCAGCUGAUAUUCCAGCACGAGUUGGUGAACAUGGUGGAAAAUUAAUUAUUGGAAAUUUACAAUUAACUCCAUUAUCAAAUUUAGCUAAAUUAAAUAUUCAUGCAUUGUGUGACAAUUUAAUGCGAGGAUUAAUGGCUAAAUUAGAUAUUCCUAUACCAGAAUGGGAACUUCAUCGACGAAUACAUAUUACAAUUCAAAAUCAAACUUUAUCAAUAAUGGGUCUUGAUCUUAAUCAAGAUAUAGCUUAUUCACUUUUUUCAACAAUAAGAAUAUUAGUACGAGAAGGAACUGAAUCAAAAUAUGAUUCGAAAACAAUUAAAGAUGUUGAACCAAUUGAACAUAAAAUAAAAAUUAAUAAUCCAAAUAAUCAAAUGGAUGUUUAUGUUGAAUUACAUUGGCAAGGACAUUACAAUGAACCAGUAUAUACAAUUAAAAUUCCAUUUACGAAUUCAUCAAAAGAAGUACAUCUUUUUUAUAAUCCAAAAACAGGAAAUUGGAGAGAACAGAGAAUAUUAAACAUGGGUUCAAAUACAUCACAAUCACCAGCUGAAUUGAGUGUAGACGAUAUUGAAUUUAUUUCAACUAAGGCUAAUAUUGAUCAUGAAAAUGUGAAAAUUUGGUAUGAAAAACUUAAGGCUGCUUGUCCAAAUGGAAAAAUUUCUAAAUCAGAUACAGUAAAUUUCUUACGAAGUAUAAAUAGUGGUAAAGAAGAACAAAUUCUAAAACUAGCAACAGAUAUUCAUAAAGCAUUUGAUACUAAUAAUGAUGGCAUUGUUGAUCAACGUGAAUUUUUAAUUGGUUUUGCUUUAACAUCUACGGGUAGUGCUCGUGAAAAGCUCAAAUAUGUCUUUCGAACAUAUGAUCAUGAUAAAGAUGGUGUUAUUAAUAAAAAAGAAAUUGAUCGAAUGGUUAAAAUUGUGAUGAGACUUCGUGCAAAAGAUGAUGUAGCAAAUACGGCACGUAUUAUUGACGAAUUAAAAACAUCCCUUGAACAUCUUAAUGGAGGCAAAGAUUUUGAUAAUAUAAAAAUAACGUCAAAGGAAUUUAUUCAAUUAUUAAUAAACAACAAAGAAUUAUGUGAAUUAUUAUCACCAUUCAAUAUAGAACCACCUAGAGAGAUUAUUGUUCAUCAAUCCUAUUCUCAAUCGAAGUAA